CCUCCCUGGGAACAGGCGCUGCCCACCCAAGGAGGCGACCGGCGCUCCUGCCCCGCUCCCGCUCGCUCACUCGCACACACAUAUACCCGUGCGUGCGCCUCUCGCUCCCUCGCUGAAGUCAGCGCUUGGGUUUUCAGGUUGAUCAGACCUGAAAUCUAAGGGAAAAAGCUCCGCGUUUGCGUCGCUGCUCCUGCCGCUGGUGGUGGUAGCGGUGAAGAGGAGAGAGGUUUGUUUCUUUCCUUUUUUUUUUUUUUUUUUUUUUUUUUUUCUCCCCUUGAAUUCAAUGGAUCUGAACUUGGAGUCUCUGGACCUCGGCGGUUUUGGAAUAUCUACAUGCUGAUCCUCUUUGUUGUGACACAUCAGCUCGUGCGGGGAAACCAUCCGAAGACAGCAAGAUGUUUCUCGUUAUCUUGUACUUCGCUUUGCCCUUAGUGGAUGUACUUUUGUCUGCAGAAGUGAGCGGGCUGCCUGCAGGGGACCGCCUCGACUGUGUGAAAGCCAGCGAUCAGUGCCUCAAGGAGCAGAGCUGUAGUACUAAAUACAGGACACUGAGGCAGUGUGUAGCCGGCAAAGAGAGCAACUUCAGCCGGGCGACAGGCCUGGAGGCAAAGGACGAAUGCAAAAGCGCCAUGGAAGCUCUCAAGCAGAAAUCUCUGUACAACUGCCGCUGUAAGAGGGGCAUGAAGAAGGAGAAGAACUGCCUGCGCAUUUACUGGAGCAUGUACCAGAGUUUACAGGGAAAUGACUUGCUUGAAGAUUCCCCUUAUGAGCCAGUUAACAGCAGACUAUCAGACAUAUUCAGGCUAGCACCAAUUGUAUCAGUGGAGCCAGUACUUUCAAAGGGGAACAAUUGCUUGGAUGCAGCAAAAGCUUGUAACCUAAAUGAUACCUGCAAGAGGUUCAGAUCUGCUUACAUAACCCCCUGCACCAGCAGCACGUCUAAUGAAAUCUGUAACAAGCGGAAGUGUCAUAAGGCCCUCCGGCUAUUUUUUGACAAAGUUCCCCCAAAGCACAGCUACGGGAUGCUCUUCUGCUCCUGUCGAGACGUAGCCUGUACAGAAAGGAGACGGCAGACUAUUGUUCCUGUGUGUUCAUAUGAGGACAGGGAGAAACCAAACUGCCUGAAUUUACAAGAAUCCUGCAAGAAGAAUUACAUCUGCAGAUCUCGCCUUGCAGAUUUCUUCACAAACUGCCAGCCUGAGUCACGGUCUGUUAGUAGCUGUCUGAAGGAGAACUAUGCUGACUGCCUCCUUGCUUAUUCGGGUCUUAUUGGCACAGUGAUGACACCAAACUACAUAGACUCAAAUAGUCUCAGCGUUGCCCCAUGGUGUGACUGCAGCAACAGUGGUAAUGACGUAGACGAAUGCCUGAAAUUUCUGAAUUUCUUCCAGGACAAUACAUGCCUUAAAAAUGCAAUUCAGGCCUUCGGCAAUGGUACUGAUGUGAAUGUGUGGCAGCCAAUCUUACCAGUACAAACCACUACAGCCACAACUACAACAGCUUCCAGACUUAAAAACACAGGUUCAGAGACCACCAACAAUGAAAUACCCACCCACAACGAUUCACCAGCAUGUGCAAACCUGCAGGCACAGAAGAAGCGGAAAUCCAAUGAAUCUGUAGAUACAGAGCUCUGUCUUAAUGAGAAUGCUAUUGGGAAAGACAACACAGCAGGAGUCUCCACCAGUCACAUAUCUUCAGAGAAUUCGCUCGCUCUUCCUAGAAGCUUCUAUCUAAGCACACCGCUUACUCUGAUGACACUUGCACUGUCACUGUGUUUGUUCCUAAGCUCAUCAGUCGUCUUGUAGCUGCAUUACAAAAGGACAUGUAAAAAAAAAAAAAAAUUCUGUUUCCUGUCCUCUGUUGUUCAUCUGGAAUUCCAGGUCUGGGAGCUAAGCUGAGGCACUCCUGCUAGAACAGUUUCAGUCAGCUGGAAUUUUUUUUUUCUCUCUCGAAAAGCUUCUUGUGAUAUUUAGAGGCUUUGUGAAAUACUUGGUGCAGUGCUACAUUCCAAACCCAAAAGGCUUUUGGGCAUGCAGUGUUUUAAAGAGACAGUGUGUAAAUUUGCCUGUAAAGCGACCUGGUUGGAUUAUUUUAAUACUUAUUAUUUUAAUUCUGGCUUUUAACUGAGAAGGUGGAUGGCAGUUUUCUUAAGAUCCUAUUUAUCUCAUUGAAUGGUUUUGGUUUUCAUAUUGAUUGAACUUCAGACUAUCAAGGAUGCCAGGUUUUUGUCUAAUGGUGAAUGUUCUCCCAGAGGGUGGACUGUAUGAAACUUCUUCACUUGAUAAAUUGCUACUGAUGUUAAACUCUUUCAGUGUAUUAGCAUUUUCCUCUUUAAAUGUUUACGUACUGUAAGUGGUUCUGCGUUCCCUGCUGAGAAGCCAUUAUAAUUCGCAUACAGGUAUAAUGUAUGUCUUUCAGUUAAAUUCGCAUAAAAAGUGUGGCAUAGAACUUUCUAACAGUACAUUUAUCUUUUAAUUAUAAUCAUUUAGCCUUAACAAGGGUGAAGAUUCUUUAAAUUAACAAGAAGCAGCCAUUGUGAAAGCUUGGUAAAGAUACAUUUAUUUGAAUUUGAGGAUAAGCAGUAGAAACAAAUUUUGCUACAGGGUUUCAGCUGUACAGUCUAUGGUCUUCUAUGCUUCCACUGUGAUAAUAUAGUCCAGUUAUAAUACUGUUUGUUUAAUAAAAAAUGACACACAAUUUAUUUGCUCUACCAAAACAGCAUUAUCUGUUUAUGCAUAGCUGAUACUAUCUGCUCAAAAAGUUACAGGAACUUCAUGCCUUACUUCUCUUAUCACAAGAGAUAAAAGAGGAGGGGGAAAGGGGUAGUAGGAUAUAAUUUCAACUGUGUUUUCUUUCUUAGACUGCUAAUAUCAACACAAAAGGAUGGUUGAUCCAAUUACAAGGCAGGGUCAUGCACACUCACCCAUGUGACAGGCUUUUCUCACCCUGGUGGUUCCUACUGCAGAGCUUGGCAUUGCUGACACGAUGAACUGAUUGCAAGACCAGUUCCAUAAAUUGUUUUAAUGGUUUGGAUGGCAAUAUUGCCAGCAUAUAUGAUUUAAUCACUUUGGUUUUCAUUCAGUGACAUUGACAGCCUGUGCUGUCUCAUGAUGAUUUUCUGCAGUAUCUAAAAGGAAUUCUUUAAAGCUUUAAAUGUCAUCAAAUAGGCAGCAUUUCUCCUAAGGGCUGUCUUUGUACCUUACUGUGAUGGCUUGUUGACUGUUACAAGCACUAAUGUCUAAAUGAUCAACAGUAAUCAGUUUUUGGUUUUAUUGAAAGUAGAAGAUAAGUUUACCAAGCAAGGAGUUCAUCAUAUUAAAUUUACAGAUUUACAUUGUGACUUACACAGUUAUGCCUGUUCCUGCUCUGAAAUGUCCAGAUCAGUUAUUUCCAACACAACCAUAAAGUACAAAUUACUGUUUUAUAAACUGCAGUGAAGUUUGGGAGUGUGCAAAACACGCAUCUUACUAAGAGACUAUUAAACCUAUUGACAAGUUCAUCUUUUGAGUUUUUUCUUAGCUAAUAAUAAACACAUUCAUAAAUUCUGAAAUUCAUUUAUGUACUCUUGAUGGUCACAUAAUACAGGUUUCAAAGCACUGUGUAUAUGAUAGAAUUCUAUGAUACUCUAUGCCACUGAACAUAACAAAUUAGACAAUAUUACUCUUUAAUUCUGUGCUGAUAAGAAACUGCAAAUUACUUUCAAAGGCGGCAGAGCUGCUUUUGGAGAAGAAAUAUAUAGCACAUCAUUACCAGCAAAGCCCAUGUGGUUCCUGUUGCUCUUCUUGUAGAAGCUAAUCAAAUUAUUGAAAACUAGUGACAACAGAAAAAAGAUUACGAGAUUCAUGAUUUAAAAAAAUAAAUCAAAUUCUUUUAUGUCAAAAGGAGUUGAUAGUAUAACCUAUUGAAAUGCUAAUGAACAUAGCAUUAUAAUUCAAAAGUCUGACAUUAUCCAAUUAAAAUAUUUUCAAAACAAAUUCAUAAACAUUAAAAUUAUUAAAUCCAUCUUUGAUCCACAUAGCUUUCUUUAAAAUAUCAUUUCUAUUCAGCACAUUACACAUUUUAAGCAGUAUCGGGAAUUUUAAUAACCUCCCAGUAUAGUACAUACUUUUUGAAGAUUUUUUACAUUUAGUUUGACUACAGUAUCUCUGUUACAUUUAAUACCAGUUAUUAGAGCUUUGACACUGUGUGAUCCAGGAUAAAAGCUAUUGAUCAUUUACACUGUAAACAACAACCUAAUUAGGUUUUGAUUACAAAAGAAAUUGCUAGUUAUCUGAUUCAAUGAGAGUUACCUUUGGAAAUACAAUUAUGUAUGUAGUAGAGGAAAAAAUGGCAUCUUAUACAGCUAGCCAUGUUACCACAAACAACAGACCACUCAAGCUUCUUUUCCUGUGUAAAUUAAAAGCAUAAGGAAUUCUUAAUUAAAAAAUAAAUUGCUAAUUAAACAGGCAAGAGAUAAAAAAACCUUAAGAGUCUGAGCCUUAAUGAGGUUUUUAUAGGCAUCACCAUGCAAAUAUUGGAGGAUUUUUAGAAGUUGGAUGUGGUGUGGAUGAUGUCAAUUUAGCAUGGUGACCUUGUCAAUGAAGUCAUUUGCUGCAGUACUGAAGAAUGUAAAUUGUUUAAUUUUUUUUCUGUUUUCAGUCACUAAAAUGCCAUGUGUGGAGUGCUCACUGAACAAGUUUAGGCUGGGUUUUAUGUAUUCCUUUAAUACAUUGAUUUUAUCAAUAUAAAAAUAAUAAAGGGACUGUCCAAAUACAGGAUGUACGUACAGAUGAUCUACUAUUUAAAUUGUAAAUUUAACCAGUUCAGUUGUGUGUAAAUUAAAUCAUGGGCUACUGUAUACAUAUACAAAUAAUCUUUUUCAUUUAACAAAAUGAAACAGACAUUGUUGUUAGUAUUAUUAGGAGUGUGUAUACUCUGCCAUGUUAAAUGACCUGAUUAUUUUGAUUAUGUUUCUUCUUAAAAUUAGUACACACAAGAUAAAUUCAGACUGGACUGGAAUAUAUGGCUAAGGUUUUGCAGUAUUUAAUGUAGGUGUUAAUUCCACAAGCUAGUCCAGUGAAAGAGGCGCUGAAGAUGAACCUUUCAGAUAUGAGUAAAAAUAAUUGAGACUGAGGCAGUGACAGCCCCAUCGGGCAGCAGUUUCCCUGGCUCGGCUCCCUGGGAUCCCAGCUGCUUCCAGAGGAUGGGGAGGGAGGAAGCAGGCAUCACGCAGGAGCUGUCCGUCCAUCUUCUUGGGGGCACUGGCCACUUUCCAUUGACCAGCUUCAUUCCCACUGUGUUGUUAGGAAGAAUUAGGAGGAGUGGGAAUUCUUAAGCAUUUCAAAGCAUUGCAUAGACAGACUCAGUCUGGAUACCUGUUCCCAGACUUCUUUUUUCAAUAAAAUUAUGUCCCUCUAAGACCCAACCUUUUGAAUAUGAGGCUGUCCAUGAUUUGAGGGAUGUUGCAGUUCGAAUCAGUGGACUGAAAACAUGAAAGUACACACCUUUGGUAAGCCUGUGCCACUAGGCUGGAGAUGAAGAAAACAGAGAAGGAAUCACCUUGACAUCUCAGUCUACUUUUAAUUUGUGAUUGUUGGUUUAAUCACGACGAUAUUUCCACAGAGGAGAGAUGGUGAGAAACCAGUGAAAGGGAAGAGCAAAACUCAGAACAGCUCCCUGAAGGGUCAUACAUCUUGUGUAUGUUAAGUGACAGAAGUAUCUUGUACUUAUCUUGUAAUAAAAGAGCUGCAUUCUGCUAGAACAGAAGCUGCUUCAGAGCAACCAGUAAAAGAUGGAAGAAUGAGCAGUUAUUUGUACAGCAGUUGUAACUUUCUUUCAUAAAAUGCAAUUGUUUGUCUUCAACACUAAGAUACAUCUGCCCCACUGAAAAAUAUACGUUCACUGACAGGACUUCUGCAUUAAAACUCUUCUGGGCUAAAAAGGCCUCCAAGGUUGUUUCAUGCCCAUAAGGUUAGUCAGAUUUGAACUGAUGUCCCUGACAUCAAAUAGAAAUAUAUUUGCUUCUGAUGAACUUGGCAGAGAAAUUAAUCCAGUCACUUGUUAAGUAUUUCUCAUCUUUAAAUAUUUGCUUUUUCUUACCAGCUCAGUUCCAUCUAUGACAUUUCAAUUAUUGGCUAUUUCAGUUUCUCCUUUAACUUUGGAAGGUCAUUUUCUUUAUACACUACAGUAAUCCACUUUAUAGAUUGGCCUCAGUGUUGUGGGUUUUUUUUAAUUACAGCCUUCGUUUCUGAGGAAAAAAGAUGUGAUCAGGAAUAUGUCUCUAGUGAACGACCAACACCUUUACAGAGGGAGGAAAUUACAAGUUUCCUAUUUUAUCUGUUUAGCACUGGUUUGACUAGAACAAGCUGAGACAUGAUAUUGCUAUUCCCCAGAUGGAAUUUAAAAUUUAGUAUAGUACUGAAUAAGGAUUAAAAAGUUUUAAACUCUCACAAUCUUUUAUAAAUAUUUAAAUAGUUCUAAUGUAUUUUCCAGUUGGAAUUUCAGUCAAAUAGAGGAAGUCUCACUAAGUAUUUUUUCAAGAGUAAGAAGUUACAUUGGGAAAUUUUGAUGGGUCCAUUUUUAAGGUAAAAUCAGGGAGGGUGGUGAAUACCCUUUCUUAACUCAGUAUUAUCUUGACUUUUCAUACACCCUUGUUUCAUGUUCUCUUCAUCUGAGUAUGUUUGCCUUCAGGGACAGUUAUGCUUAAUAGAUAGAUAUGGUCACCUCAAUAAUCAGAAGCCAGUUCCUGCAACUCCUACUUAGAUGCUCCAUCUCUUUUAUCAUUCAUAAAGGCCAGAGCAACAGAUUCAAGAUGUGGCCUAAAGAUUAUCUGAAGUUUAAAAGAGCAGAGAGUCAACCAAUUUCUCAGUAGCAUUUCUUAUCAAUAUAGAUCGUGGUAUUAUAAAGUGGAACUGUCUAGACUUCUCACUAAAGUUCUCUGAGCACAUUUAACCAGAGCAGCUGCAGUUUCUGCUGUUUAACUUUUGCCAGGUGCCAAUAGCUGAAUUUUGCCAUGCAUACACUUAGAGCUAAUUGCUGCCUAGAUUACAACAGCCAAACCUGAUCCCACUUCAGCAAGGGUUCCCCUUUACCCCAUUUUCUCCUGCUUUUAGUGAUUCCAACACAAUAAUUCUUUUGCACUAGUUUUUAAUCUGUCAAAAGGAGAAUGUCCUAGAAUCCAGGAGAAAUUGAGUCAUGGAUUUAAGGGCAAUUUCCUUCAAAUGCCUCCUGUCAAAAUACCACAAUAAUUGACCUUAAGUGUUGAAUACCCACUGCCCAGCACCUUCAGACCUUAUGAAACUGAGCAGGAGUUUGGGGGAUUCAGCUUCUAGUAAAUGAAACCAUGUUUGUUUUCAGGCGUCAUCAAGCCACUCAUUCUACUAACUGAUGUUAUGGAUACACAGAAUUAGUUAGAGACAGUGUCGUGGCAUUGCACUACUCCCCAGGUUGUCCAGCUCAUGUCAAGCAGUUUUCCAGCAUUUGUAUCAAUGAUGCUAAGCUCCUUAUGACUCCUUCUGUUGGACAUUGAGGUGACAUUCAAAGUUCUGCUGUUCUAAGUGCAAAACUAUUAUGUCUUCUAUUGUUUUAUUCUUGUCUGAAAUACAGCCCCCCAUCCACCCUUUUCUGAGUUCAUUCUCUCAACCUACUUGGAAGCACCAAAGAGCUGAAAAUGGUUGGCUGAUGCCACCCAGUUCUUGGUAUCAUUCUCAGUGACCUAAGUCCAUCUCAGGUCAGUAAUCUCAGUCCAUGUUUACUGGCCAUUUACAUAAAAUCAGUACCACAGUGGGCACUAACAGGCAGCAGCAUUCUUCUGGCCAACCACAGGUGCCCUGGUAACAUGAGGUAUGUUGGCACUAGCUGGUCUCUACUGUACCCAGGCUUUGUGUCUACUUCAUCACCCAGGCCUGUCUGGCCAGUGCAAAGUUCACUUAGACCACAGUAAUAAACCUUUUCAGAGCUACAAGCUGACAAGUAGAUCAUGCCAGGCUUGCUAGCUCCAACACCUUAGCUGGUCUGCACAGAAUAAGAAGUUUAUUUUGACCACUGUACUUGUCUUUAGAUGGAAGCUUAAAAGGUACAAAAGCUAAACCCCAUAGAUAUACUGAAUUACAGGGAGAUGUAAACCCCUUCAAACACAGAAGCCGACAAAUCUGCUGAAACUCUGGAGUAAUUUUCAAAAUAAAAUUCAAAUAUCGUGGUUCUCUCCUCAUAAUGUUUAUGGAAUAGGAUAUAUAUGAGAGAAGAAAGUUUUUGUCAAAAACAGGAGAAAGCCUGAAGAAACAAAAAUUACUUCUUAGGGAACCACCAUUUAGUUUAGAAGGAGAUACUGCCGAGAGCACAUUGCUGAGAAAUGUAUGUCCUACUAGGUAGAAGACAGAGAAAUCGUACUUUUUUUUUUUUUUUUUUUUUUUUUCCUUUGUGAUUUGGCCCAUGGAAACUGUACUCACUUUUGAGAGUUGAAGCAAUUCUCUCGAGAGUAUGCUAACUAAAAUGCAGAGGAUGGGAGCACAGGGUCUCCUUCCAAUGUUUCCAGACCUGAUUAUUAGUAAUGACAUCCACUGCCUGCUUUGGGGUGGAUCAAAGACUGACCCUUAGGUGAAAUUGAUAUUCAGGAAGAGUGUUUGUAAGGAUGGUUAGAGGUGGAACAAAGUCCCACGCUGGAUUGCAUCUGUCAGUUCAGAGUGCGCAACCCAGACUGAGCUGAGUCACACACUGCUCAUAAAAAAAAAGUGGAGGCAAAAAUUGAAAGCAAAAGUAUGGUCUUAAAUUUUAUAUUGCCUCCUCUCUAGGAAGGUCACAGUAGAAGUGAGGAAUAAAAUCAACAUCUUACCUUUUCCCAGUACCCUCCACUGUUUCUGGAUAAGAAAAAAUAUAAAUCCAACAGGCAAGCAGUGGAAGAAAUUACUUCAAAGCACUGCAACAGGUGGAAAACUUAACUGGUGGCAAUUAUUAAUCUCUGUGUUCUGCCCUCCCCCAGAUUUAUUGCAGCUGAAUUUGAUUAACAGGGUUUAUAUGAUGUUUUGUGUAUCGUUACUCAGUGCUGAAAUGAUUCAGCUGUGCUUAGUACCACUCAUGCUGGGAAGGUGUAUGUGUCUUUCACCUGAGGGUAUGUCUAAGUUUGCACUUUUUGUGUAAAGUGCAAGUUGACAAGAGCUGGAGCAAAGAGGAAAUAGCAAGGGAAGGCUCAGGUAAAAGUAAUUUUUGUUACAUCGCAAUGAUAAACGGAUUAAUUUAGGGUAGGCAGAAAGGAUGCAGAUAAAAGUAACACGUAGCAUUUGGACCCAGGAAGACUGGCAUUCACUGUGAACUGAGGUUAUCCAAUGUUAGUAUUUUCCUGCUUUUUUUCUUUUCUUUCCCUUCUUUUUUUCCAAAACUAUCUGUCUAGAACAUGCUUAUAUUUUCUGGAGGAAAUUCUUACACAAACAGUUACCUUGUUGUGUAAAUUCUAUGUUGUCUUACAGAUUUCUGUACAUCUCAAUGCAGGUUAUUAUGUGUCAGGUCUUCGGUCACAAUAGCUGGUAAUUUGUUGUAAAAAAAAUAAAAACACUGUUCACUUGUUCCUAUUGACUUACUUACACAUUGCUCUGAGGACAUUGCUCUUUGGACCAUCCACACUGGAAGUUGGUUCACGAUGUUUGGCAUUUUCUGUUAGAAUAAUCCUCCUGCAUUAGUAUUGUACAUAUCCAGAAAACAAUCCCUCUCAAUAAACGUUAUUCUCUUUUUUUAUUAAAAAGCAUGUUUUGGGAGAAAAAUUCCCUGGUUGGUUGUUCUGUUUUGAUUUACACACACACAAAAAAAAAAAAAAAAAAAAAAAAAGGAAGCUUGACUG